CAGCGGAGAAAUGAGUUUCCCUCAGGGACACACACACACACACACACACACUGAGACAGAGGGAGACUCAAGUACUUCAGCUAGAGAAAGUGAAGCGGACUGACGGACACACGGCUUCAUCAGUAUCAGUGUCACAGAAACGGACGACAUGCAGGAUUUAACAUCAGGUUUUCUGAGCUCCCGUGUCAUCAGCGAUGGCGCUGGUCCAGUCUCUCCCCGUGUCCAUUGACCAUCCAGGACCAGGCCUGGACCCUCGCCUCCAUCCGACCUCACCUCCUCUAAUGGGAGCGAUGGGUGCCGUCAGCAGCAUGAAGCCGACCCACAUAACUUAUCCCGACCGAGCCAACAUAGAGGUCAGUACCAACUUCCGCAAGGGCACGCUGGGCCCCGGACGACUGCUGUCUGACGCCUCGCAGGACUUUCAGGCCGGAAGUCGAACUCCGUCAAGCAAGAGAAGGGGCAUCGUUGGCAGAGCGAAAGGCUUCGGGACUCGUUCUUAUUCCCAUGAGGACUUGAUAAGGGACUGGAAUGAUAAUCAUUUGGAUGUGGGAAUGGCUGGUGUGGAUGGGCCUCCGAAACUGGUUCCUGUGUCUGGACAGUUAGAAAGGAACAUUCAGCAGGCCAUAAUCAGACCCACUGCCUUCAAACCUGUCAUUCCCAAGAGCCGUAACGCCGUGCAGUUCUUGUCUCCACGGCUCGGCGCCGGUCUCUCAGGAAGCCAAGGAAACCUCAGCUUGUUUUCUCCAGAAGAUGAAGACAUCACGCCCGUAACGAUGGAGCGACGCAGUUCUUACAGCGGCGCUCGCAACGGUUUGUUCAGCCAGUCUUUUACCAUGACGGACACGGCACGCAACUCCUUAACAAACCUCCCGGCGUACAAUGGCCCCGUGUAUAACCAAAGCGAGGUGACCAAACAUCACGGACACUCGAACUCAGACAGCGGACGCUCCUCGUCCAGUAAGAGCACGGGUUCUCUGGGCGGCCGCUGUCAGCUGCUGUCGGACAUGGGCUCCGGCAGACCGUCACCUCCGCCCAUCGAGGCCUACGAGGCCAUCGUGAGAGACCUGGAGGAGAAACUGAGGGAGAGAGACCAGGAGCUUCAGCAGCUCAGGGAAAACCUGGAUGAGAAUGAAGCGGCGAUCUGUCAGGUGUACGAGGAGAGACAGAAGCGCACGGAACUGGAGAUGGAGGAGUUCAGACAGACCUGUGCGGCUAAAAUGCAGAAGGCGUCUCAAAAAGCGCAGCGAGAGCAGCAGCUGCUGCAGCUCCAGGUGUUUCAGCUGCAGCAGGAGAAGAAGAAGCUGCAGGAGGACAUGACGCAGCUCCUGCAGGAGCGACAGAGGCUCGAGGAGCGCUGCGCCUCCUUUGAGCGAGAGCACACCCAGCUGGGCCCCAGACUGGAGGAGACCAAAUGGGAGGUGUGCCAGAAGUCUGGGGAGAUUUCCUUGCUGAAGCAGCAGCUGAAGGACCUGCAGGCCGAUCUGGCGCAGCGUGUUGGUGAGCUAGUGACGCUGCGCGGGCAGCUGAGGGAGGUUCGUGCGGAGCUGCAGACGUGCCAGAGUCAGCUACAGGAGGCGCACACGGCCUCACGCACACGAACCCUGGAGCUCGAGGUCUGCGAGAACGAACUGCAGCGGCGCAAGAGCGAAAGCGAGCUGCUCAGAGAGAAAAUGAAUCGUCUGGAAGAGGAGUCGUCUCGCCUGCGGGAGGCUCUGAGCGCCUCCUCUGCCGAGGACCAGCGGCUGGCCAACGAAAGCGAGGAGCUGAAAGGGUCCAAGCAGCAGAUGGACAGGCUGAAGGCGGAGCUCGCUUACGAACGCCAGCAUUCGUCCGAUCGGGCCGCUGCGUUCGAGAGCGAGAGAAAGAGCUGGGAAGAGGAGAAAGAGAAAGUGAUUCGAUACCAGAAACAGUUACAGCAGAACUACGUGCAGAUGUACAAAAGAAACCGCGAUCUGGAGCGAUCGCUCCGUGAACUCAGCCUCGAGCUGGAGUCCAGAGACCAGGACGACGAGAGCAGCGGAAAUGAAGUCACCUUCGACGACAUCGCUGCAACCGAGAUCUGAAAUCAUCAUGGUUUGAGGAACACGUACUGGGAAUUUGUCACUCUAAAACUAGGUAUUCGUCUACUGCCGCACUCAUUUCACAAAUGUGCUCUGCAUAAAAUGCAGAAAACUCAAAAACUGUGCACAGCAUAGCUUGUUUGUUACAGUUUGUUACAUAAUUUAUGUGGCCUAAUAAUUAGUGCAAGUACAUUUAAUUGACUCUGUGUCAAUUAUUUUUGGGCACAUGUGGCACACAGUAUGUAUGGAAGCUUGUUUCCGCCAUGAAAUAAAAAAGGUAAUUGCGACUUUAUCUCAUAAUUCUGACUUUUCUUCUCGCAAUUGCAAGUUUAUAUCCCACAAUUCUGACUUUUUUCUCAGAAUUGCGAGUUAAAGUCAGAAUUGCGUGAUAAAAACUCACAAUUCUGAGAAAAAAGUCCAAAUUGACUGUAACUCACAAUUCUGACUUUAUAACUCGUAAUUCUGACUUCAUAUCAUGCAAUUGCAAGAAAAGUGAGAUAUAAAGUCGCAAUUACCUUUUUUAUUUUUGUAUUUAGUGGCGGAAACAAGCUUCCAUACAGUAUGUUUGUAAACUCACAGAAGUGCACUUUUGUGUCAUUAUCUAUGUUUCCAUGCAAAGUUCGAAAUUAAACUUGUGCAAAAAAAUUGGAAAUAAAGCACCAUUUCCAUCAAGAAAACCAAAUCUUUAACAUUUGCUGUGAUGCGAUUGGUCUGUUGUUUAGUACAGUUAUCCAAUCACAUCCUCCGUUGAGGAAAAGUCAUGCGACUUUUUUCAUUGCGCAUCCAGGAGUUUAUCCGGUAAAUGCAUUUCCAUCGUAAUUUAAGUGCAUGUUUUCCUAUCUUGCCGUUUCCAUUCAGCGUUUAUGCGAUAUACCAAACUACUCGUGGCUUUCCCCUUCAUUAACAUGAGAAAAUACACUUCUGCUCAGUGUCUCGAUUCCUAAAGCACAGUUAUACUGCCAUCACAUCAUGUCAGAAUUAUCGUUAUUGAGUAUCUGAUUAGUAAAAGCUACUCAUGCUCUGAAACUCAUAAUUACAAAGCUGGGAACUCAGAGUUGAAGCUCAAGCCGCCUCACAAAAUGGCUUUCGUUCUUCAAUGGUUUAACGUAUUUAUGAAGUAUUUUGCAUUUAACAACAACACAGCUACACCUACAUCCAUAAACAUUGAUUUAUAACUAAUUUCAGAGUCAUGAGCAGCCAGUAGAAUCUCUUACGGAAAUUCUGACAUGAGGUGAAUGUGGCACUAUUUAAUACUAAAGUGAGGAAUAUGAUCUCUUCUUUGAUAAAAGCAACUGACUGUUAUAUUUGUACCAAAAUAAAAGCAUUACUGCACACUUUAGAUUCACAUACAGUCACAUAAUAUUGAAUAACCUCAUUGUGCACAUAUAUAGAUGCGUAGCCACUGUGAAUAGACCAAAGCAUUGCUGGCGUGCGUUAAACUGCUCUGUAUCUUGUGGGUGAUUGUGGUGGUAUUAUAAUUUUUUUAAUUAACAGUAUUUGUAUGAAGCCAAUACAUUGUAUAUUUUUCGUGCUGUAUAUUUAAUGUUCCUAUGAGCUGUUUGUAAUUAAACACCUGCAAUGAA